AUGGCAGAAGAAUUCCUGGCACCGUCGUCCAGCGGAGUGCAGCGAAAAGAUGAGGCCUUGCAUCCUGUGCAAGUUGCUCUCAGACCAGAAGCGUAUCAUGCGCUAUGCCGCCUACGCAGGGCCGACGAAAGCGAGAGUGAGAUUCUCGAGAAAGCGCUCAUCCUGUUGGACACCUACACAGUGGUCUCCAAAGCGCUUGGUCGUCAAAAUACCGCAGUCAAGGCUGUCAAAGUUGUACAGCAGAUGCGAAAUGCUGGCUAUGCCGACGACUGGGCCCUCACCCUUUGUCGCGCACUUUUCCGGCAGAAGGAGCGAGACCUUCGGAAAGCUUUUGAGCUUUUCGACCAGGACCAAAGCAAUUGGAUCGAAUCCUCAGAGCUGCGGCAGGCCUUGCCCCUCAUGGGCGAGGACGUGCCCGAGUCCAAGAUCGACGAUCUUUUCGAUCUCGUAGAUAAGGAUAAGCAAGGCUUGCUGGAUUUCGAGGAGUUCUGCUUCUUAGUGAAAGGCUUGAACAGCGAGGAAGGCAGUGAAGACCACGAUGCCUUCGCUGCUUUCAGGUCUUCAGCCGAGGGUACCCUUGAAGCUGUGGGGGGUGCCGUGGGUUCCAUGGCAACCGGAACUGGAAAAGCUUUGUCUGCGGUUUCCACCGCCUGGUCUGCCAACCUGCCGGGCUUGAGCCCGUUUGAAAUGCGCAAAGCUGGCGCCAUCUUGAACAACAUGGUGGCGGCCGGAUAUAGCGAAGCCAUGGCAGUGGCAAUUUGUCGAGCGCUGUUCUGCGGCCAGACUGAAAAGCAGAUGCAGAAGGCGUACAAGUUCUUCGAUUCGGAUGGGAAUGGCAGGAUUGAUGUAAGCGAGCUGAAGCAAGCCUUGAAGUUAAUGGCCGAGGACGUCAGCGAUGAGGAUGUAGCGGAGAUCUUCCAGGCGGUGGAUCAUGACGGCAAUGGUGCCGUCAGCUUCGAAGAAUUUUGCGUGCUCGUCAAAGCCGUCAAAGACAAGGGUGACGGCUCCCGGACGGGAUUGCUGUCCGCUGUGACGAACACAUGGGAGAAGUUAUCCGCGAGCUUUGCUGGUGGCUCUUCUGCACAGUGA